ACAAUUUCCACUUACUUACCGAAUAAUAGCACCGUUAUAUUCAGAUGUGGACACGAGAGGAUCUGGCAGAGUUUAUUACAGGUAAAUGACAAUGGGCUUUUGUCUUUUUUAACAGAUGUUCCAUCCUUUUUUAACGCACAAUUUCCACUUACUUACCGAAUAAUAGCACCGUUAUAUUCAGAUGUGGACACGAGAGGAUCUGGCAGAGUUUAUUACAGAGAAACUCAGGCAUCAGAACUUCUUGAACGAGCCACAAGAGAUAUUCGAAGUCAUUUUUCGAAUGCAGGAUCAUUUCAGCCUCGAAGUCUUUUCAUCGUUACAUGGGAAGAAGUGGGACAUUACAACAGAGGAACUGAUAAACAAAACACCUUUCAAGUAAUCUUGGCAUCAGAUGGAGAUGAUACUUAUGCAUAUUUCUUAUAUCCGUCCGGAGGUGUGCAGUGGAUUCAAGGGCAAGGCAAAAAUCCCGACCUGCCAGAUGCCCGAGCACAAGCUGGAUUCAUGUCUGGAGAUGGACGAUUGUACACUCUCAGAGGUUCUGGAACCGAACAAGAAAGAAACUUUGACAGAAUGUCAAAUGCUCGGAAGCCAGGCCUUUGGCUUUUCCACAUUGGUCGCCCGCUUGGUUCAGAGGGCAAUGUUAUGCCUGCAGAUCUCGAAUCCUCGCCAAAUAACGAAGAUAGGCCGGAUGGACAGUCUGCUACAUGUGCGGAUACACUUCUUCCUUGUUCUCCUCAUUCAACUUGCAUCGAUCACCCUGAAAAAGAUGGUUUUUGCUGCGUGUGUAAAGACAAUUAUUUCGGGAACGGAAGAAACUGUGCCGAGAAAAAUUCUCCUCAGAGAAUGAAUGGCAAAGUGAGCGGCAUGAUUAACGAUGUGCAACUUCAAGAUGCGGACCUGCACGCGUACAUCGUGACAGAAGAUGGUCGGACGUACACAGCAAUAAGUCGUGUUCCCUCGGCAGUUGGAUCAGACCUGCAAAUACUCACCCCUCUAGGAGCGGUCGUUGGGUGGCUUUUUGCUGUUUCACGAAGUGGAGCACCUAACGGAUUCACUAUAACAGGUGGCGCUUUUAACCGUACUGUUGAAGUGGACUUCCCUCAAUCUGGACAUCACGUGUUCAUCGAGGAGUCCUUCCUCGGCCCCGAUGUCUUCAAUUACAUGAGAGUUCAAGUGAAAAUCAGAGGAACGCUGCCAUCGAUACCAGAUGGCUCCAAGAUUGAAAUUACAGAUUAUGAGGAGGAAUAUACCCGAAUUUCUGAAGGUCUUAUUCGAUCACAUGCUUCUCGAUCUUAUCGAUUGGAGGGAAACAAUUUGGAAGUGCCUUUUACCCUAGACCAGACCAUCACUUACAGCGAAUGCGAAGUGCCCAUGCUGACCACUCGAUUGAAGGUGGCAAGGAACUUCAUCGUUUAUGAUGGACAAGAGCAGAUUGUUCGUUAUGCUAUGACGAAUAAAAUCUCGCCUCUGAGUGUGGAAGACCCCUGCAAAGAAGGCCGUCACCAAUGUGAACCAAAUAGUAACUGCGUAGUGGAAGGCGAUUCCUUCCGCUGUGCAUGCUCACAAGGGUAUCAAGCCAUUUACGAAGAAGCCAUUGAAGCAAAGCGUACUACCUGCAUUGGUAAUGGUGUAGUUUGCGUGGAGGACUCUUGCGAUAUCGCAGACAAUUGUAAUCCAGAUGGUAGCUGCUUAUACGAUGAAGUAGGAGAAGCGUACUAUUGUGCCUGCAAUGCUGGCUUCUCCGGAGAUGGUUACGUGUGUCUUCCAGAACGACCAUUUUCUAGUUGUGACGUCAUUAAUAACUGUCAUCCUGCUGCCCAGUGUGUGUUUGAUUCCCAAUCACAGAGGUAUCAAUGUCGGUGUAACGCUGGCUACAGAGGCGAUGGUCAGACUUGCACUAGAGCCGAUGAUGUGGGUUGCGAUCGUGUCAACAUAUGCUCUCCCCAUGCAUUGUGUACCAGAGAUGAAUUUGUGUGGAGAGACGUCUGCCGUUGUAAUGAGGGGUAUGAAGGGGACGGUCAGACGUGCACACCUGUUGACGAAUGCAGUACAGCUGACAACUGUGACCCCAACGCACAGUGCCUGUACGACUCAGGCAGCCAGAGGUAUCGUUGUCAGUGCUUGGCUGGAUUCAGAGGCCCCGGAAGAAUUGGUGGAUGCAGUCCAGAUCUUGAUGCUUCAUGUAAUGUACGCAACACUUGCCACGAACAGGCUGUUUGUGCUUAUGAUUCGGUAGAUUUGCGAUACCGGUGUCAGUGUAACCCGGGAUACAACGGCGAUGGUUACAGGUGCGAACAGGCUGAGAUUCCCUGCAACGUCAUAAACAGUUGUCAUGUGAGAGCUGAAUGUCUUUAUGAUUCAGGUUCUAGAGGAUACAGAUGCCGUUGCUUACCUGGUUAUGAUGGCGAUGGACACGACUGUCGCGUUUUGAGAUCGUGCCGAGAGGAUCGUUACUUGUGUGAUCGAAAUGCCGAUUGUGUCCCCAAUGAAGCCACAGGAGAAUUUACAUGUCAUUGCAAGCAAGGAUUUAUAGGAGACGGCAUUUCCUGCACUGCUGCUCCACAACACGUUGGUGGUUACUUGGUGUUUGCACACGGAAUGUCUCUGCUGCGCGUUCCAACAACUCCAACCAAAAGCAACCCAGGACAACUUUUGUUAAUGGAACCAAACCAGACACCAGUUGGACUAGCCACGGAUUGUAAAGAAGGACAACUUUAUUGGGCAGAUGCAUCUUUGAGAGUAAUACGAAGAGCAAAUUACAACGGGUCUGACGUGUCCAUGGUCAUUUCCGACGAUAUGCUCGCACCAGAAGGAAUCGCUGUUGAUUGGCUAGGAAGGACCAUAUACUGGACCGAUUCAGGCAAAGAUACCAUUGAAGUAGCAAGUCUCACACAGAAAUACCGAAAAAUUCUUAUAUCUGAAGGACUUGAUAAUCCCAGAGGCAUAUCCGUGCAUCCUGGAUUAGGCAAACAUUGAAAAACUGGAGUACCGUAUUUGUGACCACAUCAAUCGUUUACUUCAUCAUGGGAAGCAUGUACAACUAUUUUGGAUCAGCUGAACUGCAGCCGUGGGGAUCUUCAAGCAGAAACAUGGAGCCUGAAACAAUUCUUCUAGACCCUGAAGACG